AUGUACAUCGUUGCACUCAGUGAGGCCCGGUUACCCGAACAGGACCAACUGGAGGAGGUGGGUGCCGGCUACACCUUCUUCUGGAGCGGUUGUCCUAGGGCAGAGCGACGUGACACGGGCGUCGCCUUUGACAUCCGGAACGACAUCGUGGGACGAUUGCCCUAUCUGCCGCAGGGUAUCCACGAUCGCCUAAUGAGCCUCUGCCUUCCUCUUCGGAGAUCCAACUUUGUCACCAUCGUCACCGUCUACGCUCCCACCCCGAUGACCAGCCAUGACGCUGCAAGGGACAAAUUCUACGGGACCUGCACGACCUCCUGA